UAUACACCAGACACAUGAGUAAAGAGGUGGAUGAAGGAGCUGUGUGUAGAGAGCGCUGAGAAGUCUCGUUCUGAUCCUGACAGAGUUAUGUAUUGUGCUCAUCCUGCCUCUGGGACAGGCAACAACUCAUUGAUGUACUGCUACAACAUGAAACCAGUUUAUGGGCAGCCUCCCAGCACUGACAACAUCAACCACAGCUCAAGUUCACACUCAUCAAGCAAGGUCCCAAGCAAUGUGUUUGCAAGCACCUUCUUUGAGGGAAUGAGCAAUUCUCCGGACAUCUGGAACGCUGUAAACGGGCUGAACCAUCAGGCCUAUGAAGGUGCACUGGGGGCCUCCCCGGGCCACCAGGCACAGCUGGGGAGCUUCAGCAGCCUGCAGCCGGCACACGGUAACCUGGACUUCUCUCCACAUUCGGUGGUGGCGGCUGAAAUGAACAGGGGUCUACCACCGAUGUCCACCUUUCACCGCAACAACACAGUGUCUCGCUCUCCCUCUGACAACGCCUCAGAGAACCCAGCUGGAAGCCACGUCAAUGUGUCAGGAGCGUCACAGACGGGCGAUACCUUGGGAAAAGCUCUGGCCUCUAUUUAUUCCCCCGAUCACACUAGCAGCAGCUUUCCCUCCAGCUCCUCCACACCAGUGAGAUCCCCGUCCCCACUGCCAAACACAGCUGAAUCUACAGGCAACAACCUGUGGCCUCGCAGUUCAGUUCAGCCCCCGGUGUCACCACACUUUGAGUCCACACUCAUAUCAAUGUCUCAGGUAGAAGACCGCCUGGACAGACUGGAUGAUGUUAUCCAUGUUCUGAGGAACCACGCUGUAGGCCCUACCUCCUGUCUGCCCAACGACAUCCACGGUUUGCUGAGCCAGUCCCACCAAAGCCAUCCGGGUCCUGUUGGCACCUUACCUCUCACCUGUCACACUCCAACCAUGGUUGAAGCUGUCUCCAUGAGCAACAAUCACUCAGCCUUCCAGAGCAGAACACAAAAUGGCCAUCCCUACCCACCCAGACAGAGGGCUGCAUUUGUGCAAGGGGCAGGAGGAGGUGGCUUGGGGGUUCAGGGUACCCUGGAGCUAAAGAUGGAAAGCAGGGAAGGGGAGGAGAUGAUGCACACCAACCACGACCAUGGCUCAGACAGCCCCAGAUCAGAUGACGAGAGUGAGCACAAAACACACGGAGACAACAGCACACAAAACAGCAUCCACGAGGACGAGGAACUGAGCCCAGAGCAAAAGGCUGAGCGUGAGCGAGAGAGGAGGAUGGCCAACAACGCCAGAGAGCGCCUGCGUGUGCGGGACAUCAACGAGGCCUUCAAGGAGCUGGGCCACAUGUGCCAGCUGCACCUGAAGAGUGAGAAGCCGCAGACCAAACUGUUGGUGCUGCACCAAGCCGUAGCGGUGAUCCUUAGCCUGGAGCAGCAGGUCAGAGAGAGAAACCUGAACCCGAAGGCUGCAUGUCUACGGAGAAGAGAGGAAGAGAAGGCGUCCAGCAUCAUGUCAGAUCCACAGUCUGUACAUCUCGCUUUUCAUCCAAGUCUGACUGACCCUUCAAACCCCAUGGGUCAUCUCUGAGCAUCUGACUUAAAGUCUCACAAAAAAUCCAGGAGGAUCCAGCUCUGUCAGAUGUCCAGCGUUUCCUGUAAAUUCGUCCAGAGCAGCUCAGGUUCCCUGAUCGGAAAGAGGGAUGCAAUCGAACAAUCAUUUCUUCUCUUCCCAAAUGGACUUUUAUAACUUUGUGCCUAACAUGACUCGUAACAGACAAAUGCAUUGUAAGCUGAAGAUAGUUUGUACAUAUUUUCUAGAUUUAUUGGUAACAUUUCUGCUGCAAUACAUCAGAAUUGAUGUGCAGUCUAAAAUUUGUUUGUUAGUCAUGUUUUCAGCAUUUCACUAUUUAUCACAAAACUCAGUGGACAGACUCAGAUUUUUUUGCUUUUUGGCUACAUAGUUGAUUUUUCCUGUGGAGUCUGUGUGUGUGUGUGUGUGUGUGUGUGUGUGUGUGUGUGUGUGUGUGUGUGUGUGUGUGUGUGUGUGAGUGUGUAUUUGUAUGUGUGUGUGGGAGGUGUGUGUGUGUGGGUAAAUACUGCAGGGGUUUGAGCAUUCUGUGAAUGAACAGAUCUCCAGGAAUGUUCUUUUAAUUACACAUGGACACCAAACCUGGUCUGUAAAGGUGUUUUAUAUUUCUUUAAUGCACUGCAACAAGGAUUUUACUUUAUGGAUCUAUGGUGGGCAUAAUCCACCUUCUUGUGAUUGUUGCUCUUCAGAUGUAGUCAAACAAACUCUGUGCAUGUUUAAGUUUUUGACUGAAAACACACAUUUUUAAGUUAUAAGUUAUCUUUUAUACAAAUGUUGUGAACUUAAUAAUGUCUUAAUGUGCUUUUAAGUAUUAUUUUAAUCAUGAAGACUGUUUUUGUGCAGUUAACUAGAUGGACCUACAUUUUAUGCUCUGAGCAAUACAGUGUUACAAAAAAAUGGUGUUUGCUGAUCACAUUGCUGAACAUGUUCUUAUAAGGAAACACAAUAAUCUAAAACACUCUAAUCAUAACAUGUACUGUAUGUGUACAUUUUGAGGUCCAGGCAUGUGAUAAUAUAAAAAUGUAGCAAUAAAUGUCUUUUUAAAAGUG